UUUUAAUAUUUUUAUGGACAAUAAUUUCUAAUUGCCAAACAAAUAAGCCUGUCUAGACUAAUUAACAAAAUUAGGAAUAGAAUAUAUUGCACAUCAUCAUGAUCCAGUUCCAACAAUGGAAGAAGUUGUAAAAAUAAAAGUAGAAGAUGGGACAGCAUAUGUAAAGAAUCUAUUGUAUGUUGAUAAAAAGGUAGAAAAUAUAUUAAUAUUAUCAUUUAGUCAAAUUAUUAUUUGAUAUUAGCUAAUCACACAACUUAAGUUGGCAAAUUGUUUUGGAAAACACUUGGAUUAGCUUCUGGAAACAUGAGAUUAAGUAAAGAAGAGCAAAUUGCUGAAGCUCUGAAAUCAAGCAAAGGUAAUGUUAAUCCUUUUGCUGUUGCCAACGAUACAAAUAAUCUUGUAAUGCUCAUUUAAUAUAAAAUAGGUCAAAAAUAUUAUUAUUGAUGAAGAAUUGACUAAAUAUAAGAGAUUAGCUUUACAUCCAAUCGAAAAUACAACAACUGUAGAAAUUUCACUUGAUGAUUUAUAAAACAAGUUCUUAAAAAUAUUAAACAGAUAAUUUACAGUCUUAUAAUUAACUGAUGCUGCUGCAGAAUAAAAAUUAGAAUAAUAAAAAGAAUAAUAAAAAGAAUAACAAAAAGAUUAAUAGAAAGAUCAAUAAAAUCUAUAAACAUUAGCUAUUACAGUAAAAAAAUCAGAUUUUUCAGAAUGGUAUCAAUAAGUUAUAAGAAAAGCAGAAUUGAUUGAAUAUUAUGAUGUUAGUGGUUGUUAUAUUCUAAGACCAUGGGCAUAUUUUAUUUGGGAAUAAAUUUAAAGAUAUUUUGAUGAUCUUAUUAAAACUGAAGAAGUUGAAAAUACUUAUUUCCCAAUGUUUCUAUCUGCUAAACAUUUGAAUAAAGAGAAAGAACAUGUAGAGGGAUUUAAAGCAGAAGUUGCUUGGGUUACAAAAUAUGGAGAAAGUGAUCUAAAUGAACCUCUAGCUAUAAGACCUACAUCUGAAACAAUUAUGUAUCCAGCUUUUGCAAAAUGGGUACAAAGUCAUAGAGAUUUACCAUUAAAAGUGAACUAAUGGACAAAUAUUGUGAGAUGGGAAUUCAAAUUCCCAACACCAUUUAUUAGAACUAGAGAAUUUUUAUGGUAAGAAGGACAUACAGCACAUUCAACAAGGGAAGAAGCAGUGAAACAAGUUUACACUAUUUUAGAUUUCUAUGAAUAAGUUUAUGGCGAAUUAUUGGCUGUUCCUGUUAUAAAAGGAGUAUAAUACUCAUUAAUAUGUUUAGAUUAAAACAGAAUCAGAGAAAUUUGCAGGAGGAGAUUUUACUACAACAGUAGAAACUAUCAUUCCAUAAAAUGGAAGAGGCUUAUAAGGAGCUACAUCUCAUCAUUUAGGAUAAAAUUUUAGCAAGAUGUUUGAAAUUAAUUUCGAAGAUGAUAAGAAAUAAAAAGCCUUUGCUUGGUAAACAAGUUGGGGUUUAACUACUCGAUCUAUUGGUGCAAUGAUUAUGUUCCAUGGUGAUGAUAAAGGUUUGGUAUUGCCACCAAGAGUUGCUAAAUAUUAAAUUGUUAUUAUACCAAUUAUUCAUAAAGAUCUUGAAGAGAAAUAAUUGAAUGAAAGAUGUGAAUAAAUUAGAUAAAUGUAUUUAUUAAUUAUUUAUAUAUAGAUUGGUGAAAGAAAAAUUAAGAGUUCAUUUGGAUAGCAGAGACAACUAUUCUCCAGGAUGGAAAUUUAAUAAAUGGGAAUAGAAGGGAGUUCCUAUUAGAUUGGAAAUUGGACCUGGAGAAUUCAAAAAUAAUGAAGUUAGAGUUGUUUAAAGAUUUGACAAUAAGAAAUAUCAAAUUAAAAUGGAGGAACUUAAUCAAUUAAGUUAAAUACUUGAUAAUAUCCAUAAUGCCAUGUUAGAAAAAGCUAGAACUGAAUUAAAUUAAAGAAUCAAAUAAGCAGACAAUUGGAAAGAGUUCAUGACUCAAUUAAAUCAAAGAAAUACAAUAUUAACUAGAUGGUAUUGAUUAAUUAAUUAUGAUUUAGGUGUGAAAGAUAAGAAUGUGAAAAGUAAGUGAAAACAAAGUCAGGAAUAGAAUCAAAGGAGAAGGAUUCUGAAAUUGAUGGAUAAGUCUAAUUAACUGGUAGUGCUAAAACCUUAUGCAUGCCAUUAAAGUAAGAUUAAGUAAAAGAAGGAGAGUUAUGUUUUAAUUGUGGCCAAGAAGCAAAGAAGUAUGUGUUAUGGGGAAGAUCAUAUUGAAAUAUUAAAUAUACAAUAAUAAC